GACCAAGAAGCGCGCCAAGAAGGGUGAGUUCUGACACUGAUUCCUAGUAUGGUUGGUGUUGCCUAGGUGCUCCCUCUGGGCGAUCGAUUUUAGCUGUCUUGAUCGAUUCGCAUCUCCCAGAGCCAGAGUCACCCAUGCAGCACUACCAUACUAUUCAACCCUAACCAUCCAAAGCUUCAAUCACUAACUAAGACCAGACCCCAACGCCCCCAAGCGUGGCCUCUCUGCCUACAUGUUCUUCGCCAACGAGCAGCGCGAGAACGUCCGUGAGGAGAACCCUGGUAUCUCCUUCGGUCAGGUCGGCAAGCUCCUUGGUGAGCGAUGGAAGGCCCUGAACGAGAAGCAGCGCACUCCCUAUGAGACCAAGGCUGCCACCGACAAGAAGCGUUACGAGGAUGAGAAGCAAGCCUACAACGUAAGAGAUGACCGUUCUUUGUCAUUGGUCAACUGAAGCUAACCCAUCCCCACAGGCUGAGCAGGAGGAGGAGGAGUCCUCUUAGAUGGGCAUCCACACAUGCCAAGAUGAGCUAUCAGCAAUAUGGUGAACACCGUCCUUAGACGCGUCAGUAACUUCUGCUGGAUGCCCUCAGGCUUGGGGCCGUCUCUUUCCUUAUAAUCUGGUCUGGGCGGUGUUGUAUUAUGGCACGGUAUGGGAUGAGUGCUUUUGCUUUUCAGUUACCGGAAAUUCAACGGGAUAUGGUCUUGCGACGUGUUAUUAUGAUCUAGAAGGCGGCCGGUCGAGCUGCAGGCUCCGUCUCGCACCGCUUGUUCUCGUGAGCCUCUGAUCAUGAACCACAUGGGACGUCACGAGACGAUGAAACGAGAUACUUGUACAAGUACUGGAGCUCCAACCUCGAACUCGAUAUUAAAAAAAAACUGCACCAAACU